CCGUUCUCCAACCCGCUGGCCCCCGACGGGCACGAUGUGGACGACGCGCACCCCUUCCACCAGUCCAAGCUCACCAACGAGGACUUCCGCAAGCUGCUCAUGACGCCGCGCGCGGCGCCCGCCGCCGCGCCGCCCUCCAAGUCCCGACACCAUGAGAUGCCCCGGGAGUACAACGAAGAUGAGGAUCCAGCUGCUCGCAGAAGGAAAAAGAAAAGCUACUACGCAAAGCUGCGGCAGCAGGAGAUAGAGCGGGAGCGGGAGCUGGCCGAGAAGUACAGGGACCGAGCCAAGGAGAGGAGAGACGGCGUCAACAAGGACUACGAGGAGACGGAGCUCAUCAGCACGACUGCCAACUACAGAGCUGUGGGGCCCACUGCGGAGGCGGAUAAGUCGGCCGCGGAGAAGAGGAGGCAGCUGAUCCAGGAGUCCAAGUUCUUGGGGGGUGACAUGGAGCAUACUCACUUGGUGAAGGGGCUGGACUUCGCACUGCUGCAGAAGGUACGAGCUGAGAUUGCCAGCAAGGAGAAGGAGGAGGAGGAAAUGAUGGAGAAGCCCCAGAAAGAAACCAAGAAAGAUGAAGAUCCUGAAAACAAAAUUGAAUUUAAGACUCGGUUGGGGCGGAACAUCUACCGCAUCUUGUUCAAGAGCAAGGCCUACGAGCGCAACGAGCUGUUCCUGCCGGGGAGGAUGGCCUACGUGGUGGAUCUGGAUGAUGAGUAUGCCGAUACGGAUAUCCCAACCACGCUGAUCCGCAGCAAGGCCGACUGCCCCACUAUGGAGGCACAAACUACGCUGACCACAAAUGACAUCGUCAUCAGCAAACUGACACAGAUCCUUUCCUAUCUCAGGCAAGGGACCCGCAACAAGAAGCUCAAGAAGAAAGACAAAGGGAAGCUGGAUGAGAAGAAACCCCCUGAAGCUGAUAUGAACAUCUUUGAAGACAUCGGGGAUUACGUUCCCUCCACUGCGAAGGUGCCACGGGAGAAGGAGCGGGAGAGGUACCGCGACAGGGAGCGCGACCGGGACAGGGAGCGUGACAGGGACCGGGAGCGAGACCGGGAGCGCGACCGGGAGCGCGAGGAGGAAAAGAAGAGGCACAGCUACUUUGAGAAACCUAAAGCUGAUGAUGAGCCUGCAGACAUCGACAAAGGGCCUGGCUCAGCCAAGGAGCUCAUCAAAUCCAUCAAUGAGAAGUUUGCUGGAGCUGCUGGCUGGGAAGGAACGGAAACGCUGAAGAAGCCGGAAGACAAGAAGCAACUGGGCGACUUCUUUGGCAUGUCCAACAGCUACGCUGAGUGCUACCCAGCCACAAUGGAUGAUAUGGCUGUGGACAGUGAUGAAGAAGUGGACUACAGCAAAAUGGAUCAGGGUAACAAGAAAGGGCCCCUGGGCCGCUGGGACUUUGACACGCAGGAGGAGUACAGUGAAUACAUGAACAACAAAGAGGCUCUGCCCAAAGCGGCAUUCCAGUAUGGAAUCAAGAUGUCCGAGGGGCGCAAAACGCGUCGCUUCAAGGAGACGAACGACAAGGCAGAGCUGGACCGGCAGUGGAAGAAGAUCAGCGCGAUCAUUGAGAAGAGAAAGAAGCUGGAGGCUGAUGGAGUGGAGGUGAAAAGGCCGAAGUACUGAAGCUGUGGCUGCCUUCCCACAUCCCAUCCUCCAGCACCUGGUGCCCCAGCUCCCUGGAUGCUGUUUCUAGAGCUUGCUAAUGUGCUGCAGACUGUGUUCUCCUUGUCCCCUGAGCAAUCUUCUCUCUGCUCCAGAGAUCUCCAGAUCUGCUCCUGGUAUGCUGGGGAGCUGCGUGUUCAGUUUCUUCCCCACUCUGGAGCCAGCUCUGCAGCGUGUGAUUUGUAACCCUUAUACCUGCAAUAAAAUUGCACUAACUUUGA